AUGGAGCCAAACGAGACUAGUAUAUUGGACUUCGAUGCAAAAUUGGCGCUUCAUGAAAAGGUGAUGAAAAAUAUAAGUCUUUUGAUGAUAAACUCAUCGCAGUUACAAGUCAACAUUUUGGAAGUUAGCCCUGAAGAAUCUACAGCGUUGACGGCCUUAUAUAUUCCUAUAUUUUUCAUAGGAUUUUUGGGAAACAUCACUAUUGUUUUAAUAAUUGGAAUAUCACCACCACUUAGGAAUUCUACGAAUUGGUAUUUGUUCAAUCUUGCAAUAUCGGAUCUCUGUGUGACAUUAAUUUGUGUUCCUAUGGCAGUUGGACAGGCGCUGUAUAGGGUUUGGGUGUACGGCGAUGCAAUGUGCAAACUAACUUCAUAUCUACAAGGAGCUACAGUUGCGGCAAGUAUAUACACAAUCGCCAUUCUAAGCCUGGAUCGAUUUUUUGCCAUCAAGAAACCAAUACUUUUCCGCAGAUUUGGCGGAGUCAAAUACGCAUUGUAUGCCAUCAUUGUAGUGUGGGUUGUCUCCCUUCUGCUGAUGACGCCAUUACUAUUUGUCAAACGAGUAGAAAAGUACCAGCUCCUUAACACUGACCUUCAAAUUUGUGUUGAAAUCUGGCCACACCAAUCAUAUAGACAACUAUACGACAUUGCACUAUUUUGCUUGGUUUAUGUCGUCCCCGGAUGUGUGAUCGGAAGUGCCUAUGGUAUGAUUGGAAUGGAACUGUGGAAGGAAGAUGUCAAUCUGCAGAGAAGGGAGUCGGUGACGAGUCAGUGCAUGGGAAAACACAUAAUGACGGGAAGAAAAAAAGUGGCUAAAAUGUUAAUCGCUUUGGUUAUAGUUUUCGCCAUCUGUUGGUUACCAUAUUACAUAGUUAGUCUAUAUUUAGAUUUUCAUUACGACAGUCCGUCUGCCAUGCGUUUCAUGACUGUUCUCCCGUUCGUGAUUCUGCUUGGACAUGCCAACUCGGCGCUUAAUCCCCUUCUGUACUUCUACUCCAGUAAAACAUUUCGAACAUAUCUUUCGAAAAUAUUCCACUGCAUUUGUUGCUCUAAAAAGACUCCUGCAGUUGUAGAUCACGCCCGCUUUAGAUAUAGAAGUUCACGGCGAUUCAGCUGUCCUAAUGGAUCUUUCAAAGAGCAAGCUAAGAAUACCUCUUCAUACAACAGCAUCCAUCGGAAAUCAUCUACCAGUAGUACCAGGCUUUCUCAAUCGUCCUUUACAAGUUCUAGAAAGCUGGGCAAAAGUAAGAAAUACAAUGGUUCAGAAUUUACCAAUGGAAAAAUGCUUCUUAAUAAUGCUACUAUGAUUCAAAUGGAGAUAAUCAAAGCUACCAUUGAGAAUUCUAACACAACAGCUAACGUUGAUGUUAAACAAUUGGCUUCAGGUAGGAAUCUGAACAUUCUAACAACAAUCAAAGAAGAGAGUAGCACAAGAGGUUCGCGCCAAUGUUCUCCCAUAGACGCCGGAUAUUAUGAAUCAUUCUCAAAACAGGAAAGUCCUGUAAUGUCCCAAGUACAUCAAGAUAUAUUUAAUCAUUAA